AGAGAGACGUUGGAUACUGGUCGGACUGUCUGAGUGGAAAAAAAGGAAAAUGACUUGCCGGGAGAGAGGACUUGAGUUCAAGCGAUUCGUCGGGAUACUGCGCUUGGAAAUGAAUGGAGACCAAAGUGGCACAACUGAAGAAGCCUGCAUCUGAAAGUCUUUGAUGCUUCAUUCAUCACAACUAGUCCCGCAGAUCUGCUGCUGGUGAUCCAGAGACAUGGCUUUCCUACGGAUUUGUGCAGAAUGGAGAAACUGGACCCAAGCGUUGUUCUUUUUCCAUCUGUUUUUCUUGUUCACACUGAGCAAAAGCCUGCUUUUAAAUAAUGAUGCUGACAGGACUGAGUCGCAAGGCGCAUCGGCUCUUCUCCAAUCUCUCAAUUUACCUCAACAUACAGAAUAUGAAAUUGUAUCUCCAUAUGAGGUCAACCACCAAGGUGUGUACAUCUCUCAUGAAAUUGCCCACCACCAGCGCAGACGGCGACGCAGAUCCCUAAGCCCAGAUACAGUCUCGCCAAUCACUGAUGGCAGCAGUGAAACAGUCCACUUCCGGCUAAGUGGCUUGGGGCAGGACUUCCACUUGGAGCUCAGGGAGGCCUCGGAGAGCUUGAUUGCACCUGGCUUCACCAUCCAGAUCCUGGGAAAGAACGGCACCAAGAGCCUGAGGGCCUACUACCAGGACGACUUCUGCUUUUACCAGGGGUCACUAAGGUCAAAGGUCAAUUCUUCGGUGGCGCUGUCCACAUGCAUGGGGAUGUCAGGUUUGAUCCGAACGCAGGACGCGGACUACUUCCUGAGACCCGUGUCCCAUAGCUUCGCCCAGAGAGAGAACUUCACAGCACCUUCCAGUCACCAGCCGCACAUUCUCUACAAGAGUGACAGGGACUCCCCAACCGAGCAGAGAGGUCAUGAGCCUCGGGCGCUUCAGAAGAGAUCCACAGAUUCAACUCCUCACAAAUCAUACAGACACUUUGUCACCAAGAGAUCCACAGACUCACAGAUGUACCCAACUUCCAACACAGUCAAUGGCCAACACCACAACGCCCAUCGCCAUGAUGAUGACUACAGACAUGGGGAGAAGCAGAGGCAACACUUCUGUGGGAGACGGAAGAAAUACAUGCCCAAACCUCCAGCAGAGGAUUUCUUUAUGCUUCCAGAUGAGUACAAGUUCAUUCCCAGAAACAAAAGGGCAGUGCUGUUGAAGAAUCAGGUCAAUCAAAAGCUCAACGUGGAGACGCUGGUCGUGGUGGACAGAAAGAUGAUGGACAACCACGGCCAUGAGAACAUUACCACAUAUGUUCUUACUGUGCUUAAUAUGGUCUCCAGUCUCUUUAAAGAUGGUACGAUAGGGGGGAACAUCAACAUAGUGAUAGUGGGCCUCGUGCUUCUGGAUGAAGAGCAGGAUGGUUUGGUGAUAAACCACCAUGCAGACCACACACUGAACAGUUUCUGCCAUUGGCAGUCCACUCUGGGAGGCAGAGAGGGCCGACGCCACGACCACGCCAUCCUCCUCACGGGACUCGACAUCUGCUCUUGGAAGAAUGAACCCUGUGACACUCUUGGUUUUGCUCCAAUUAGUGGGAUGUGCAGCAAAUACCGGAGCUGCACUAUUAAUGAAGACACAGGCCUGGGUCUGGCAUUCACCAUUGCCCAUGAAUCUGGACACAAUUUUGGAAUGGUCCAUGAUGGUGAAGGAAAUGUUUGUAAGAAGUCAGAGGGCAACAUCAUGUCUCCCACAUUAGCUGGACACAAUGGUAUCUUCUCCUGGUCUGCCUGCAGCCGCCAGUACCUGAGCCGCUUCCUCAAUUCUGCCCAGGCUUUGUGCCUAUCAGAUGAACCCAGAGCAGUUAAGGAGUAUCGGUACCCCGAGAAGCUGCCUGGCGAGCUGUACGAUGCAGACACACAGUGCAAAUGGCAGUUUGGGGAGAAGGCCAAGCUGUGCACCCUCGAUUUUAAGAAGGAUAUCUGCAAGGCUCUGUGGUGCCACCGUGUUGGGAGGAAGUGUGAAACCAAGUUUAUGCCAGCGGCUGAAGGCUCUGCCUGUGGACCUGAUAUGUGGUGUCGCAGGGGCCAGUGUGUGAAGCAGGGUGACGAGGGCCCAAGGCCUCAGCAUGGCCAGUGGUCAGAGUGGACGUCCUGGUCUGCCUGCUCACGAAGUUGCGAGAGCGGAGUCACGUAUCGAGAGAGGCAGUGCAACAACCCCAGACCUGCAUAUGGAGGGAAGUACUGCGAAGGCUCCUCCAGGUCAUACAAACUAUGUAACACUCAGGAUUGUCCCCCCAACACCAUUGACUACAGAUCGCAGCAGUGUGCCGAGUUCAACAGCAAACAGUUCAGAGGAUGGCACUACACCUGGAGACCAUACACCAGAGUGGACGAUCAAGAUGUAUGUAAGCUGUACUGCUUUGCUGAAGGUUAUGAUUUCUUCUUCGCCCUGGCCAGCAAAGUUAAAGAUGGGACACUUUGUUCACAGGACAGCUCUAAUGUCUGUAUUGACGGCCUGUGUGAGAGAGUGGGCUGUGACCGUGUGUUGGGCUCCACAGCUGUGCCUGAUGCUUGUGGAGUGUGUAAAGGAGACAACUCCACCUGCAAGAUUUACAAAGGACAGUACACCAAGCAGCAUUAUACUAACCAGUACUAUGGGGUGGUAACCAUCCCAGCAGGGGCUCGGAGUAUCCGUGUGAUGGAACUGAAUACAUCAAGUUCCUACCUGGCUGUCAGGGACACUCAGAGGCGCUACCACCUGAACGGACAUUGGACGGUGGACUGGCCGGGCAGACACCCCAUUGCCGGAGCCAUUUUUGAGUAUAAGAGACCCUACAACAGACCAGAGAGCCUCAUAUCAACUGGCCCUACCAAUGAGACACUGAUUAUAGAGAUAUUGUUGCAGGGCUGGAACCCAGGUGUACGUUGGGAAUACACUCUGAAGAAAGCUGAUGAGAGAAAAAAUCACAUCAAACACAAUUACACGUGGGCCAUCAUACGCUCCCAGUGCUCAGCAACUUGUGCCAGAGGCCAGAUGAACACCAAGUCAGCGUGCUACAAAGACUUGAGAGUGCAGGUGAAUACAUCGUACUGCAAUCCCAGAUCCAGACCAGUUACUGGACUGAUGCCCUGCAACACACAACCAUGUCCCGCCAGCUGGUCUGUAGGGGAAUGGGGGGUGUGUAGCCGGAGCUGCGGAGGAGGGGAGCAGACACGGCAGGUCCAGUGUGUCCAGAGAACCAGUCAGACCAACGUAGACGCCCUGGCUGACUCUCACUGUGCCCAGCCCACCCCAGCCAGGAGGCAGACCUGUAACACACACAGCUGUCCACCAGUGUGGACCACUGGGCCAUGGUCACAGUGUUCUCGUAAGUGCGGCAACGGCUUGAAGAAGAGGACAGUGCUGUGUACGAGAACCAACCUGGGUGCCCAGGCACACACACUGCCAGACAGUUUGUGCUCAGGCCUGCCGAAACCUGCCAGUCAAGAAUCCUGCUUCAUCAAACGCUGCCAGAAACAACGCAAAGUCCAGUGGUUUGUCUCCACGUGGCAAGAGUGUUCAGUAACAUGUGGUCGUGGGUAUCAGGCUCGUUUCAUCAAGUGUGCAGAAAAGGAUUCUGCAGGAAAAUACAGAGAGCUUGCUGCCAAAAAGUGCCACCAUGUCCCCAAACCUGUAGUGGAGUUCCAGAGGCCCUGCAUCGUAGCUGAGUGCCCCAUCCGCACUACCCCACCAGUCCACCGAUGGAGCACACAUCAUCGCACCCAUCCACCUCAACCCCUCCCUCAACCUCUGCCGCAACCAGAAUGGCAGUCAUCUCCUUGGUCUCAGUGCACAGUGACAUGUGGAGGAGGAGUGCAGGCCAGGACAGUCCAAUGUCUGGCCCAGGGGAAGCCCUUUUCCGGCUGUGCUCUCCAUCUAAAACCCUCAAUGUCCCAGGCAUGCAACACCAACUUCUGCCCACAACCUGAGAAGAAAGACCUGGCAUGUAGGGAUUACUUCAACUGGUGUUACCUGGUGCCCCAGCAUGGAGUCUGCAACCACAAGUUCUAUGGCAAGCAGUGCUGCCAGUCCUGUUCAAAUUCAAACCUAUAAUCAUACAAAGUGACUCCAUCUGCGACACAGACUAAAAGUAGUUAGAUAAACAAAAGACUAUAUUUGACGUCCAUGCUUGACAAGACGGUGUUUUUGCUUUAAGUGUGUGGCGAGCACUGAAAAACAAAGGACAUUUCAAUGGAAGUGCAAGAGAGUUGCAGUGCCCUUUCCUCUCCCCGCGAUGCAGGACAUCUGGAUACAAGAACUUGAUGCUGACAGCACUACACAGGAAUGUGAUCAGGACAGUACAAAUAAAGGAGAGAAUUAUGAGGAGGAACUCGUAAAAUGGGAAUCUUGAUUAAAGUGAAUUGGACUGACAUGUCCAGAAGAAACUGAAAACCUGAAAAAUCCCAGCUUUGUUUAUAUAUGGUAUGUAGUUGAACAGAUCUGUACCAAAGACACCCAACAGCUCCCAGUCAACCACAGGCCAACAAUGGCGGGCCAACGGUUGACAAGUUUUCCAGAACUGCCAUGCAACAACAUGUGAUACAGCCUUGUCUGCACUGCAAUUCUUGAUCAAUUGGAAAUGUGAGGUUUGAUAAUCAAAAGGGAUGUUACAAAGAAGCAAGUAGGAAAUAUAAUUUUACUCUGAUUCUUGAAGAAAACAGGCUGGGAAUAAUCAAAGUGAACUUCCGCAAUAGCUGAAUGAAAGCUCUGUGCUCUGUGCUGUCAUGUAAAAGAUUUAAAAAAAAAAAAAAAACUACAUGUAUCUUACUUGAGAGAACUAUCAUGAGAUGGGUCAAAGCUAUGUGAGCUGACUUUCAUACUCAGUGGUGCUACAACGUUGUCUUUUGUCACCAAAUCAAUGUGAAAUCCUCAAGUUUCAAGAAAGAACAAAUGAAUUGUGUGACCCAUGUACAGUAUUGUUUGUUUUAUUUAUUGGCUUUACAAUACAGCGUUGCUGGAAGACUGUAUUAAUAAGCAGUAUAAAUGUGUCCUUUUAUUACUCUACCCUAAGCCCAUUACCCUUAUAUUUUGUAUCAUGUUUCAUAAGAUUUCAUGCUGACAAACUGCACCUUUUUUUAUUCAAAACAUUUAUUUUAUUUUUGAAGAAAAAUUCAGCGGUGUCAAAAGUGUAAUUCAGCCACGUCAACAAUGAUUGGUGAUCCUUUACAACAGCUGCAGAGUGGAAACAGUAAUAAAAUUUAUGAGCAUGUUGUUUCAAUUGUCACUGUUGCCCUGUUAAAAUCCGCAUUGUUACUUACAACAACAAUGCAAGUUUGCAACAAUGCAACCUUUUUAGGUUGUUACCAUCCUGCAGUAAUACACAAGGUAGUCAUGAAUUGCAUGCAUUGAUUAUGACACAGAAAUAAUACAUUACAUAUUGGUUAUGGUUUAAAAGCACUGACAGAUGAUGGCUAAUGCAAUAUCAAGGUGAUUUUUUUUAACAAUGUAAAUGAAAUAACAAGAAUAAAUGUGUGUCAUGUCAGCAACUCAGCUGCAACAGGAGUCUGGAUUUAAUUUUUUUCAGCUGUCAGUCGGCGUGAAUUCGAUAUCACUAGCUGGAUGUGAAACUUUAAAAGUUUGAAUGUAUUCUUGCAAAAGAGAAAAGGGUUCAGGAAGGUAACUUGAUCCAUUUUUUGGCUGAAGUCUUCAACUGGGCACGGUGUUGUCACCUGUCCUGACAAAGGAUUUUUCUUCAACAAACAUAUUUAUAACAUCACUAUCAUCGUUACAUGUUUUCACCUCCCUCUUUAAUAGGGACUAGACUGUUCCUUUGCAUAUUAGACACUGUAUCUUUAAUACAGAACUAUGUACCUUUCAGACUUGACAACUGCAAUGUCAAACAUCCUCUAUGUUCCUUUGCAUGCUUUAAGAUGUCACCAGGCAGGGCUCUUCAUUUCCCCAUGGACUAAGACAAAAUCAUCCUGCAAUAACAUUUUCCUACCAUAAACCCUUUCUUUGGAAUAAACAAUUGGUAAUCUGUCCAUAAUUUGUGUUUUUCUUGUGACUACUAACUUUUAUCCUUUACCUCUAUCUCCACAAUUCAGAAAAUGAGCGUAGUUUAGGCUUAGUGCAGGCUUAGCUACCUUUCUUCAGCCUUUUUUUAGGAACCUUUAGCAAUUGUUAAGCAGUUGUUGGCCACUUGGGUGCUCCUUUUAGCUGUUUUGGUCUUCACUAACCACUGAGGGAAAUAUCUGGCUCUUUAGCAGCUAAAUGCUCCACUUUAUUCACUAGUUAGUUGCUAACUUUGUCUGUCUGCCAUGGUCAGGUAGCAUACAGUAGGUUUUUAGAGCUAUUUCGAUGAAGACAAUUGCUUGGUCCAACUCAAAACAAGGCUGAUGAGAGCUGUGA